AUGGCUGAGGGAGAAGUAAAGCAAGAUUUCAAGAUGGAAAGUCCAUCAAACUCGGCUUUGAUGUUACCUAGCACUCCACAAGCUGGUGCCAAUCCACCAUCUCCCCAUUCAAGUAGUUUAAGUAAACAACCUAUGAGUGCAACCCUUAGAGAACGAUUAAGGAAAACCAGAUCUUCAUUUAAUUCCUGUUACAGUGUGGUAAAACGACUUAAAGUAGAGAGUGAAGAAAAUCAUCAGACUUCAGAGAAAUCAGCACCUUCAACAGAAGAAAGCUGUUUGGAAUUUCAUGAAAGUUUUAAACAUACAGAUAGUGAAUUUGAAGAAAGUACAUAUUUAAAAGAUACUUUCAAGAAUAUAAAUGUUUGUGAAUCUAAAUCACUUGAUACUGAGUCAUGCAGUGAUUUCCAAAAUGACUUUAUGAAUGAGAAUCUUGCCAAACAUGAACUAAACAAAGAAAAAGCAAAAUUGAUGAAGCAGAUUCAAGAGAAAGAAGACCUUCUUCGGAGGCUGAAGCUAGUCAAAAUGUAUAGAUCAAAGAAUGACCUGUCUCAGUUACAGUUGUUAAUAGAGAAGUGGAGAAGCUGUAGCCAGCAGUUGCUUUAUGAGUUGCAGUCAACUAUGUCUGAGGAGAACAAGAAACUAAGCCUUACUCAGCUGAUAGACCAUUAUGGGUUAGAUGAUAAAUUGCUACACUAUAACAGAAAUGAAGAAGAAUUUAUAGGUGUUUAA